CCGGAAGAAAUAAGGAUUUCUGCAGUAUCCUAAAAUACUAAGGCUGCUUCUAUUUUGAGACCAAUCUCGCAGGCACAUCCGCUCAUUUAGUCCGAGUUUGAGCCCAUCAAAAAACAGGAGAUGACCUGAACUCAGGCGAGUCCUGGGCUUCCUGCUGCUUUCUUGGUUCGGAGGGGUAGGGAACAGGCAAGAGGAAAGAAUCUAAGGGCUCAGACCAGGGCGAGCGGCCUAUCCGGGCGAGGCUUGGGAUUGGGGAAUGGGUGGUGGGGAUCGCGCCCAAGCUUCCUUUUCGCCUUUGCCUCUGGGAGCUCGUGGUAGGCCCCGGGUGGCGCUGAUGCGGUUGUAGUGAGGCGGAAGGCCUGGGAGAGCAGAGAGGCGCACCGGCGAAGUUGCAAAUUUGCUACACUGCCGCGGACCUUGCAGAGAAAGAGGCGCGCGGCGGGACGAGGAGUCGGUCGGGAAACCAGCCCUCCCGUCCUCUCUUUUGCGGCGUUUGCCAGCGCUUCAAGUCUAGAAGCAGGGCUUUUGCGGGUCAUGGACCGCGCAGGGAACUUGAGGGCGUGUGUUUUCCCGAGUCUGCAUCCGGAGCUCGCCCCGGGAGGGUUUCAAGAUUUGGAAAGUGUGAAAAGGGGCGGGGAGUCUUACUUCAAGACGAGGAGGUGAAGGUAUGGAGCCGCUUGGGGUAAAACAUAAAUGGAUUUCUUUUAGAAAAGCUCAAAGUUUGGGCUUAGGCCACGGUGUGAAAAUUUACAGUCACACUGGAAGAGCAACCGAAUUGGAAGUGGCACUAGAAAAGAGAGGAGAGGGCUCAGGGCCACCCCUACAUACAUUGGCUAGUGACUUUCCCUGGGACCUGUGAAACUGCAGAAAAGCUCUCCUCCUAACCAGAGCACACCAGAACCCUUGGCCAAGGCCUCCAACGGCCUAAGUACUAGUUACUUCUUUACCCCCAGCCAGACAGGACUUUUUGGCUCUCUCGCUUCAGGUGCCACUGCCCUCAACUGACCACACUCCUCCUUUGUGGAAAUAUCACCUCGGACCUCUCUGUGAAACAGCAGGGCAAGAAAACCCUUUAAUAAGAGAGUGAAGAGGGGAGGGGAGAAAUAUGAAAGAAAUAUGAAAUGAAUGUUAGUAUGUUAGAUAGCAAGUGAUUAGUUAUUGAUUACUUUUCAGGAGAAAGUCUAAAGCUUGAAGUGACAGCCUCUGUGAAAGGGGUAGAAACUACUAGAAAUUAAUGACCACGCAAAUUCUGAAUUUGAGAUAGGAAUGGCAAGUUCACUUGUAUUUGGGGCUUCAUUUUGUGUUUUAAAGAAAAUUAAAAUGCCAAAGGACCUUUGUUAAGAGAUGUUUAUUAGGACAAUCGAAAACAAAAGAUUUCGUGGUUUCAUUAUUGUUAUUAUUUUAUUUUCUUCCUGAAAAUGUGCAAGAACAGCUCAUCUGGGUGGCCUGUGGUUUGUUUGGGAGAGGGGUGGGGAAAUCCAUUCUGACUAUAAUUUAAACGAGAACGAAUUCUUAAAAUAGAGAUGUUGAUGUUGCAGAAACCCUCCCCCUACUUCUACCACCCUGCGUUCUAAGACCCAAAGCGCGAAUCAAAGGCGUUGGCCACCACUGCAGCUCCUCCUGCGACCAGGCCAAAGGGGAUCUUGGGAGAAACUGUCACUGAAUUGAAAGUAGAAUUUAACCCCAAGGAAAUCUGCUCUGGAGGGCACUUGCAAAACAACACACCCCACGUGACCCGAGGAUGUGGCGGUGAAGGGAGGGUGGCAUUUCCUACAAGGUACAGCAGAGGAGGGGACGUGCUUGCUGUACUCCCGGGUUUCGGAGGUCGGCUGUUGUCUCAGGCUCCGGGGAAGCUUUGGCUGUGUCUAAGGGAGUCGUUCGGAGCCAUCCAUCUUAUUUUGUUUGAAAAGUCACUAGUUCAAGUUGUCAUUAGUGUGACAGUUCAAAAUAAAACUAAUUCGCGGCCUCCCCUCCUCCUGGUUUCUCUGAGGACUCCCCGGAGGCAGCGAGGCGGACACUUUGGUGAGUUGGGCCGAGACUCAGAGCCGCAGCAUCCAGGCAGAGGCCCAGGAAAGAUGGCUGUUGGGAUAAAAACUAAGUGAAGGAAAAAAUCCGACAAGAAUGAGAAAAAAAAAGGGGGGGGGGAUCCAAGGGACCGCCAGUUCUCCACCGGGAGACACGCUGUGCACCGGAUAAAGUGCAGGAGAACCAGCUCUCCCCCUUCUGGGCCGGCGGUGGAGCGCUCCAGUUAUCAACUCUCCUCGCCCGGUGGCGGUCAGAGCUGCAGAAGUUAAAAUUAGUUGCCGCUGGAGCCGCCGCCCAGCCUCUACGCAGCUGAGGGACUAGCAGGACCCUGCUCAGCCCACGCGGCCGCAGAAAACACUUUGGCGUGGCCGGGGGCGUGGCUGAGGUAGGGCCACGCCCCCUCUUUCCCAAUUCCCUUCCACGCCUGUAUCCCAUUGGUUACGGGGAUAGCCAAUGAGCUCUUGGAUCGAGGUCCUACCCCGGGUCUGACUCGAAAGCUCCUGCCAAAACUUUGGGAGUUUUUAGAGAGGAGAUUUUUUUUGUUGUUCCCCCCCCUCCUCUUAAUACUUUUUUUUUUUUUAAACUAACGGAUUAUUUUUGUUGUUUUAAAUUUAGCUCUUAGGCUUAGCUGUUCGGGUUUUUCUUUCGGUCACCGGCCCCUGUCUCCCGGCUUCUCCCGCGUGUACGGAGCCGCGGUCCCCUCCCGCCUAGUAGUGGCUCCAGCUCUCAGUGUUCGCCUCUGUCCCGCGAGGAGCCGGCGCCGCGCCGCCUUUGACAUAAGACCAGGGGCCGAGACGGUGACCGGCCAAAAUCUGGCCCCCGCCUCCUCCGUCCGAGGCGCUAGGGCUCCCGGCCUCUCUUCUUCAGGGCGGGCGGAGAAGCGAAAGCGGAUCGUCCUCCCCGGGGCCGCCGCCCCUCCCCGCGCACCCACCCAUUCACCCACUCGCUGGGUCAGGCCCGACCGCGGCCGCCGCGCGGCUCACCCGGCUAGUAUGUUCGCGGCCGGGCUGGCUCCGUUUUAUGCCUCCAAUUUUAGCCUCUGGUCGGCCGCUUACUGCUCCUCGGCCGGCCCGGGUGGCUGCUCCUUCCCCCUGGACCCUGCCGCUGUCAAGAAACCCUCCUUCUGCAUCGCAGACAUCCUACACGCCGGCGUGGGGGAUCCAGGGACGGCUCCAGAGGGACUGGUGGGGGCUUCAGCUGCCGCCCUAACCGCGCACUUGGGCUCGAUUCACCCGCACGCCUCCUUUCAAGCUGCCGCCAGAUCCCCGCUCCGUCCCACCCCGGUGGUGGCGCCUUCCGAAGUCCCGGCAGGCUUCCCGCAGAGGCUGUCUCCACUUUCAGCUGCCUACCACCACCAUCACCCACAGCAGCAGCAGCAGCAACAACCUCAGCAACAACCUCAGCAACAGCCGCAACAGCAACAGCCCGCACCUCCGACCCGGGCCGGCUCCCUGCAGACCUCGGCCUCGGGGACCCGUGUGAUCCCGCACCAUAGCGGCUCGACACCGGCUCCCUCCAGCAAAGACCUCAAAUUUGGAAUUGACCGUAUUUUGUCUGCAGAAUUUGAUCCAAAAGUCAAAGAAGGCAACACGCUGAGAGAUCUCACAUCCCUGCUAACUGGUGGACGACCUGCAGGAGUGCACCUUCCAGGCCUGCAACCCUCCGCUGGCCAGUUCUUCGCAUCCCUAGAUCCUAUUAAUGAGGCUUCUGCCAUCCUCAGUCCCUUAAGCUCCAACCCAAGAAAUUCAGUUCAGCAUCAAUUCCAAGACACAUUUCCAGGUCCCUAUGCUGUGCUCACGAAGGACACCAUGCCACAGACAUACAAGAGGAAGCGUUCUUGGUCGCGUGCAGUCUUUUCCAACCUGCAGAGGAAAGGCCUGGAGAAAAGGUUUGAGAUCCAGAAGUACGUGACCAAGCCAGACCGAAAGCAGCUGGCAGCAAUGUUGGGCCUCACAGAUGCACAGGUGAAGGUGUGGUUCCAGAACCGGCGAAUGAAGUGGCGCCACUCCAAGGAGGCCCAAGCACAGAAGGAUAAGGACAAGGAGGCCGGCGAGAAGCCUCCAGGCGGAGCCCCGGUUGCCGAGGGCGAACAGGAGGAGAGGAGCCCCAGUCGCUCAGAGGGCGAGGCCGAGAGCGAGAGCAGCGACUCCGAGUCUCUGGACAUGGUCCCCAGCGACACCGAGCGGACUGAGGGGGCUGAGCGAUCUCUUCACCAAACAACUGUUAUCAAGGCCUCGGCCGCCGGCACCCUCAUCGCGGCCAGCAGCGGUGGGAGUGGAGGAGGUAGCGGCGGCAGCAGUUUCAGCUUCGGCAGCGCUAGCAGCCUCAGUAGCACCAGCACCAGCACGGGGAGCGCAAGCAGUCUUGGCAGCGGGGGCAGUAGCACCUCGGAGCUGCUCCCUGCACCCCAACCCACAGUUAGCAGUGCUCCCAAAAGCCCGGAGCCUCCCCAGGUCCCGCUGGGCAGCUUAUAGACUUCAGGAGGACUCAGGGGACUCUACGCGCAGCCUCCCACAUACGGGCUGGAUUUUGUGUUGGCGUUGGGCUGGGGCCAGAGAUGCAGCAAAGACUACUCUUCAGUGUUCACUCCAUGCCCCUUGGUGCCCAGAGCUCAGAGCCCAGAGGCCAUAAGUGUGUCCCCACCAAAGAUUCCUAUGGAACUCUUCUCUGGACAUGUGCAGCCCACACUGUGAAGUGUUUGAACUGUUCCUGCUCUCCAGGGAUCGUGGCAUAAAGACAUGCUGCACUUAAGAAGCCUUAAACUUGUAAAUAAAAUGUUUACCAUGGUUUGUAAAA